UUGGUACCCAUCCUGGAUCUCCUGUCGCGGAGAAAGCCCCUGUUCCGUCGCGCAUCGGCUGAGGCCAGAUUGUCACACCCACAAUACAUCCACUCCAACUUUUCCCCAUCCCCAUCUCGUCGCCGACUUCAGGCCCGUUUCUACUCUUUUCUUCCUCCUCUCUUGUUCUUCCCCCCGUUCACCCCCCCUUGCCGUCUUCUUUCUUGUCGCCGCCUCUCGUCUCUGUCGCCAUGUUCUUCAAGGCUUCCCUCGUCGCCCUCCUGGCCGCCCACGUCUUCGGCGCUGUCGCCCAGGACGACGCUCCCGGAACCUCCCCCGUCACUCCCCCCGCGCUCCUCGCCGAUGUCUCCGCCACCUUUCCCGAGGCCGACAUCUUCGGCGUGAAGCUCGUCAACGGUCGCCCCAUCAAGGCCGUCGUCGAGAUCACCAACCACGACAGCAAGCCCAUCGACGUCGCUUUCGUCGCUGGUAUCCUCGCCACCACCAAGCAGCUCCCCGAGGACGCCCCUGCUUACGAGAAGAUUGUCCGCAACCUCACCUCGGUCCCCUACGACCUCAAGAUUGAGGCUGGCGAGAAGAAGGAACUUCCCUACUCCUUCGCCAUCGACAUGAACCCCCAGGAUGUCCUUGUUCAGCUCGUCGCUGUCAUCACCGACUCCAAGGGUGCCGUCCACCAGGUCCAGGCCUCCAACUCCACUGCCUCCAUCGUUGAGGCUCCCACCAGCUUCCUCGACCCCCAGAUCAUUUUCCUCUACCUCUUCCUCUCUGCUGCCUUUGCCGGUACUCUCUACUUUGUCUACAAGACCUGGAUCGAGGCCCUCUUCCCCCAGGCCAAGCGUCCCCGCACCACCAAGAAGGCCAAGAAGAUCGUCGAGGCCGAGCCCACCUCCGGAUCCGAGUCCACUGGCCUUGCCACUGGCAGCGGCAAGGACUACGACGAGAGCUGGAUCCCCGAGGGCCACAUCAACCGCCCCUCCGCCAAGCGCGUCAAGUCCAGCGCCUCCAAGACCAAGAAGUUCGAGUAAGCAAGCAACCUGGACCAUCACCACGUCCUGGAGCUGCGACACGGAUUACCCAAUUGUCUUGACUCUCUCGCCCCCCGAUGAUGAGCAUUGGGAUCGAGUUGAGCAGGCCGGGAAGGGCGGUCAGUUUUGGUAUCUUGCCAUUGCUCUUUUUCUUUUUUUUUUGGGUAGUCUGGGCAAAAAAAACAUUGAGGGUGUGCAAUUGACUUUUUGCGCCGUGGAUGGACGCGUGAUGAAAGCCGCCAAAACUGUUGUACAUUAUUACCUGUGCCAAAAGCAACCAACAAUAACACCAAAAUUCCCAGCCA